AUGAACAUGACGGCGAUACUUGCGAUGGUGGCGCUUGCGCUCACAGGCGUAUGGGCGUACGCGGAGGCGGACGAGGCCAUGCUGCACGUGACGGUGACCAAGAAACGGAACGCAGAGGAAUGCGACGACAAUUGCCAGCGCGACUUGAUGCCCGUUUGCGGAUCAGAUGGCGCAACGUACGGCAACGACUGCCUGCUGGACUUUGCACAUUGCGAGAACUCAACCAUCACCAAGCUGCACGACGGCAAGUGCAUUAAGAAACACUAA